CAUUAUGUUGAGUACUGCAAUGUUUGUAUAUUUUAAUGUUUUAUCAAUAAAGAUUUCUUCUAAAAAACGUCUUCUUCCGGCGCUGAUGUGACGUAAAGGGCGCAAAUAUACAAGGGAGGUGUUUGCAAUAAGUUGAGACUCUUCAGCUGAAGAGAAGAUGCACAACUGGCAGGAGAACGAAAUCAAAGAGCUGUUGACCAUCCGGGGGUCGGAGGGGAUCCGGGCCCAGAUCACGGGCACGGUGAAGGACUCUGUGGUGUACAGCAGGAUGACCAAACUGCUGGCGGAGCGGGGGGUGUACAGGACUCACAUGCAAGUGAUCAGCAAACUGAAGGCACUGAGGAAGCAGUACUCUAAGUACUACCAGCAGAAGACCCGCUGCGGGAGCGACCGCGUCGACUGGCCGUUUUAUGAGCAGUGUCACCGGGUUUUCGGGAAUACCCCCGAGCCGGACCCCACGGGGAGCCCGGUAAAACGUCAGAGGAGUCCCACACCUCCACCUCCUCCGCCGCACAGCAUCAGCGAGGAGCAUCGUGAGGUUGUAGUCGGGCUUUGGGAUGAAGUUGACGACAGGGAGCUCAACAAGCACCUGGGAACAGUGGAGGCAGAGGACGAGGAGGAGCAGUACAGCCCGUCAGAACAGCUGCAGCCCAUCAACACCACCUACGCAAUUCCAUCGAAGAAAAGGAAAACAACGGUGAUGGAGCAAGUCUCUACGUUGGUGUCGGCGACAGUCAGCCAGCUCAGGGAGAUGGACGCUGCCAUGCAGGCGCAGGAGGACGCCCGGCUACAGAGGCUGAUGGAGCAUGAGCAGGAAAUGCAGAACAAUCUAAUGAGUCAGCUGGUGAACAUGCAUGAAAGGAUCAGCCGAGAAAACCACGAGAGGCACCUUGAACUCGUGGACAGGAUACUGUCGAAGUUCCCUUCACCUUCUGCACCUUCGGGUCACUGACUUGACACUUCCCGUGUGAGUGACGAAGACGUAUGACGGUUGUUCAGGUGAAGGGAACACCAGCUGACUUGUGCCGAAGCCCACAUUCCUUUUAUUUCACUGUAUUUUCAACAGUGUUCUGAAAAAUAACUGCGAUAGUCUCUCAUUUAACCGAGACUCUGCUCACUUGUAUCUAAUACAAAUCCAGGUUAUAGACAUGUUCACACUACAGGCCGUCAUGCUCUGCUCUGACUCACUCAUAGUGAGUAUACAAACACAACAUGUACUGUUUUUAGAUUUUGAGUUGACCCUUGAACAACACAAUUGUAAAGUGACUUGUGCUGAAAACACAAAAGAUCAAUGAAGCUGCAUCAUAAUAAUAAUAAUAAUAAUAAUAAUAAUAAUAAUAAUAAUGAGCUGUAGCAGCAGCAUUUCACUUCAAAUAAUAUAAUUGUAUUUAUAAUAUUACCCUAACCCUUGUUAAAUGCAUAUUAUAAUGCAAAUGUAAUUUUGCCAUGACAACAUGGCAUUGUGUUUAUGUACAAUUCCAACAAUGUUACCGGAAACUGUUAUCUGAGGCGUUUGGUUCACGGUCCACAUAAACAUGCUCCGGUGAGGUACAUCCAUCCAGACAGCACGUUUCAACUGAAGGCUGAGUUCACACUGCAGGUUUUAUUCAAACGGUUAUAAAAUAUUUAUAACUAUAAACUCCAAAUGAUGAAGCCUAUUUAAAUUGUCCAGCUAGACCAGUGAUGGUCAACUAACGGCGAUGUGAUGCCGGGUGGCCCGCACGCCAUUUCUGUUGUAUCUUUAAUGUAAAUAAGGUGCCAGAGUGCUUUAAAAAAACAACAUUAAAAAUAGACUAAUAGAGCUUGUUUAUAUAAAUGUACAGACCGCUGAGGAUCUUUAAGCCCUGUAUGUUAUUAACUGGCCCCUUGCAACAUGUCAUUUUUCAUAAGUGGCACCUGGGCAAAGCAAGAUGAGUGUCCCUGAGCAUGUUUAUGUGGACCGUGAACCAAACGCCUCAGAUAACAUUGUUGGAAUUUGGCAUUUAGAGAAAGUGUUGCUGUGUCGAACAUUGAAGUGGAUAUCAUGUUUCAGCGCUGCUCCCCACAGGGAGAGGAAACCAGAGUAAUACAUUUUACAAACUGAGACUGUAAAAUGAUUUGCAGUAAGCGCUCGAGUCGCGGUUCUAGGUGUUAUUCUUGGCUGACACGAAAUUCCCGGUUGCGUUUACUGUUGUCAGCAAUCCGGGAGAAAACGUGUCAUUGAGGAAAAACACCGGCCAACUAAAGUGAGUCAUUACAGAGUCAUUACACUCUUAUAUAUCCUGCUCAAAAUGGAAACGCAGCGUUUAGCAGAAGCCAUACUGGUGUUAGUUUCACUUUCCUUAUUUGUUUGAGAGAAACAACUAUAAUUGCACCUUGAAUGGGACCAUCUGCAUCAGAAUGGGGAGAGUAUAAAAUAAACUUGUAUUUGUAAUUAGUUUGUAUACCGUUACCAGUGUUUUACAUUAAUUGUUUUGUUUGUUUUUUCCUUUUUGAAAGAACAAUAAAGUUCAACUGAAAUAA